AUGGUCGCUUAUAAAUCUAGAGCUUUGACGAACCUCUGUACACUUACAGCUAAGGCUGCAGUUGCAUAUGACAUAGCAGCAAUUGAAUAUCGAGGUCUUAAUGCAGUUACAAAUUUUGAUCUUUGUUGUUACAUCAAAUGGUUAAGACAUAACAACAUCACCAACAAGCCUAACCCUACCCCUAACAUCGACCCUGAUCAUGCCAUUACUAAUUUCGGACCAAGCACAACCCACAACUCAGGCGGCUCAUCCCCCAUCCACCACUUCCAACCACCAUCAGAUGUGGUUGAUGCCACCUCAUCUGAGUCCCGACCUUCCACCGUCACCUCAGCACUAGAGCUUUUAUUACAAUCUACCAAGUUCAAGGAAAUGACGGAGAUGACCUUGGCCGCUGAGUCUCCCAAGCCACCAACGGAGACUGAGCGUGAGCCAUCACAAAGCUGUUAG